CUAAAUCUCUUUGGUGCGUCCCUGUUGAGUUCGAGCCCGGCUAUCUUCGCCCUCUCUCUCUCUCCCCUCCUAUCUCUUUCUCUAAAUUCGUCUCUUUUCGCCGGCGGGACACGAUGUCGGGGAAGGGCGCGAAGGGUUUGAUCACAGGCAAGACUCCCGCCGCCAACAAAGACAAGGACAAGAAGAAGCCUAUCUCCCGUUCUUCUCGUGCUGGUCUUCAGUUUCCAGUUGGACGAAUCCACAGGCUGUUGAAGUCAAGGACAACGGCUAAUGGUAGAGUAGGAGCCACAGCUGCUGUGUACUCUGCUGCUAUCUUGGAAUAUUUAACAGCUGAAGUUUUGGAGCUGGCUGGGAAUGCUAGCAAGGAUCUUAAGGUUAAGCGUAUUACUCCUAGGCAUCUACAACUUGCUAUCCGGGGUGACGAAGAACUUGAUACAUUGAUAAAAGGAACAAUUGCUGGAGGAGGUGUUAUCCCUCAUAUUCAUAAAUCCCUCAUCAACAAGUCUUCCAAGGAGUAGAUUACUGAAGAGCUACUUGAUUAAAUAUUCUCUCUCUCUCUGCUAACUGUGUCUUUGUUGAUGUACCUCUUAAAAUAGCAGGGCCAAGAAAUCUACAGUUGUCAUUUAUCAUGGAUAAACUUGAGUCUUCUGUUUCUCAAGUUCGCAUGUCAAAAUAUUAGAUGUGGAUAUGGAAUUUGAUUUUCAUUUCUAUCUUGGGAUAGCUGUUUGGUACAUUGGAUAACUUCAAUAGCAGUGGAAUUUCUUUUCUAAUCA